AUGCUUCACGGCGGAAAAUUGACGAGUUCAAGUCACGUGCUCGUCCUUUUGAUCGUCGGCAUGAUUCUCAGUGCGAUAGUGGAGCUUUUCCGUUACUGGUCGACGCAGGACUGUCUCCGCGGCGUCUGGAUGAUCUCAUCUAACGGAGCUACUGAAACUGGCAUGGAUAUUUCUUACCUCUACUUUGGUUUGUUGCCUCUGCUGCUAUUCAAACCCUCGUUAGAAAUCGACGGGACCUUCUUCAUCCGAAACGUAGACACAAUCCUCCUUCAAGGCAUCUUCUCUCUAUUCGCGAUGACCGGACUCAUGACUCUGGUAAUCACGCUCUUCAUCAACCCGUUCUUCGAAAUCGCACAAGAUUCGACUGGCUUCCCCUCUUAUGGCGAAUUCAAAUCCUUCGCCUUCUCCGGCUUGCUAGCUGUCAUCAUCGUCAAUGUAGACAGCAAGUUCGUUUUGAAUCUCCUCAACGAAGUCGGCGCUGGAAAACAAGCGCUUUCGCAACAUAUCGACAACGGAAGCUGGGUCGCUUCUGUCAUGGCUACGAUUCUCUUCGAAGUCUUCAGAAUUUGCGUCCAAGCAAACGAAAACUGGGACCACAAUCAGUGGCUCAGCGCUCUCACCUACAAAAUCGUUCUUUCUCCCUUCAUCGGCCUCAUUAUGGGAAAAAUGAUGUCCGCAAUAAUGAACCGAAUCAUCAACGAUGUUCUGGCUGAAGUUCUCCUUGUCAUGUCCUGCAUCUACUUCACUGUUGGAAUCGCAGAGUUUCUCGGUUUAUGUGGACCACUCGCAGUUUUCUUGCUCAACUUCGUCAUGGACCAUUCCGCCAUUUCAAAAGAGGGCGAAGAAGUGCUGAAACAAUUUCUCGACUCUGCCGCCUUCUUUGCCGCUGUUUAUCUCGGCGGAACUUGCGGCUUCAUUUGGAUGGAAGAACUUAUCGACGAAAUUGAAUUCAUCAACAGAGACUACGAUGAUGUUCCUUUCACGUGGAAAUAUAUCGCCAAGGAUUUUUUCUGGAUCUUCGUCCUUUACAUCUGCUUCAUUUUGUUCCGAUGCCUGGUCAUUUAUUUCACCUCCAGGGUUUUAAAUAACAAGCAUAUUGAGAUGAAGCAAGCAAUGUUCAUGUCAUGGGGAGAGUUGCCAAGCUCAAUCAACAUGAUCUUCGCUUUAAUCGCCCUGCUCGAUCCUAACCUAAACUGGGUCACAUGCGGCUCUUCUGCUCGAUACCAGCCUACAGAUCCCUUUCACAGUGGCCGAGAUAUUGGAAGCUGCGAAGGAGACGUGUUCAUCAACGCUCUUUCACUCGACCGUGUCGUGACCAAACUUGGCAUUUACAGAAUCUCCUCUGUCCAGCGAUCCACGAUGAACAAAGCCAUGGGCAGAAUUCGUGAAGAUGUGCAUGAAGCUCUUAAAACGAUGCGCUACGACUCUUUUCUCGCCGAUGCUGAUUGGGAAGCCGUCAUGAAAAACGCGCACCUUUCGAACCCAUACACAGAAUACGAAGUUCCCUUGGAACAUGCUCAUACGAUGAACAGGGAUCGCUUCAGGAGUCGAAAACUCAGUUUAGAGCUUACUCAAGAUUUGAGAAUUGUCAAUCCUGAGUACACGAUGAUGCUCGAAGAAGAAAAAUUCGACUAUCACGAAGCGAGACAAAGGGCAAUGAAUGCGCUGAAAACAGGCUUCGUAAAACAGCGUAAUAAAGGUCAUUUGACUGACGAAGCCGUCAUCGUCCUGAAACAAGCUAUCGACUCAGUCCAGAGCGAUCAUAAAUCCAGUCAACUCGUCUCCACCACCAUGCUCAAGCGAAACUGGAAACUCUACGGAAUCUGGCCAAAGCUAAAGAGCCUCAUCGAGCGACAAUUAUACGGCGACAAGAAGAAAGACGUCCGAAAUCCUCACAACCGAAAGAUCAUGCGAAAAUUGUUCAGAUUCUCGUUUUCUCCUACGUUUGAAACGAUCAUGCAAGUCGUCAUUCUUUUGAACGUCAUCCAAAUGGUUGUUGAACAAUACUACCAGAACUUAGGUGACCAAAUAACGAAUGCUUCUGAUAUUGCUGUAACCGAGCACAUCAUCAACAUGCCGUCUGAAGACAGCGUGGCAGGAACAUCAAUGACAAUGAGCGAUCAGUUCGAAAUCUACACUGAGUACAACAAUCAGUGUAAUGCCAAUAUCUUUUGUCUGAGAACGAUCAUGGAGGGAUUGAACUACACUUUCAUCAUUAUUUACAUCUUUGAAGUUCUCCUGAAAGUGUCCGUCCAAGGUGUCAAGCUCUAUCUGAAAUAUGCAUGGCAUAUUUUUGAUUUGAUCAUUGUAAUCAUUUCUGUCGUCGAGACCAUUGCUGUUGCUGUUUUGGAAGCAACUGCAACAGAUUCGAACGCCUCAGAAAAUCAAGGAAACGCUGGAUCAAUUUUGAAGGCCAUCAAAUUCGCGAAAAUGAUCAAAUCCGUUCGAAUCUUCCGACUGGCGCGACUUCUCCGAUUCGCAAAGACGCUCGUCCCAGUUGUGCUGCAAUAUCUCAACAACCGGCUCUCGUUCAAAAUCAGAUCUGGCUACGACAUUGGCCAGGGCUUUGUUCGGGCAUCAGAAGAAUUGGAACUUUCGCUGGAUCUUAUCGCAGGCGAAAAAGGAGAAAGCAAGGAGCAAAUGAGACGUAUUUUGAACAAGACGAAAUCGACGAUUAUUCGAGAUCUUGGUCUGCUUCAACGAGAUUAUCCAGAGAUCGCCGUUGCUGUUAAAACAAAAACCGCGAUUCGAAAUCUCAUCAACGUUAUGGACGAUAGUAUCCGACGCUUGCAAGACUCUGGAAUUCUCGACGACUUCGAAGUGCGAAUUCUCCACGAUCAAGUCAACAACCUCAUCAAGCAACUGUGGCUUUUACCGAUCGAGAUGGAGACGCCAGAUCCUGAGAAUCUGUUCCGAAACAUUCACUGGGUCGGCGAUGAUAAGAAACUGGCAGCGUGGUUGAUGGAGCACUCGAAUAUCUGCCACUUUGACUUGAAUGAGAUUAUUAUACAGGAUGAUGAGGAGCCCGACUCGAUUUAUUUAAUUACCAAAGGAUUGGUUAAGAUUGUCCAUGGCCGCUACAGACAUCAUAAAAUAACUGACGACUCGGAAUCUGAAGACGAAGGCGGUGAUGAUCUGGACGUCGACAUCGACUACGCUUCAACGGGAAUUGUGGUUGGAGAAAUGGGCGUCCUCCUCGGCGAGAACUCGCGCACAUCGGUUGUCUGCGAGACAGCGGUGGAGACGUACCAAAUCCCCGUGGACAUCAUCCACGAAGCCUAUGAAAAGUUUCCAAAGCUGUUGGACACUCUUUGGAGCGUCGUGGGCAUGAAGGUGGCGAUGCCGCUGAUGCUCAAGGAGCCGCGAUACCAAGGCUCGACGGCGGAGGAUUUGCGCCGCGCGCUCGCUUCGUCUUACAUCACCAACUUCAGCGCGCGAAGCACAUUCGAAGUGACCAAAGACAUCAGCGAAGUGAUCCUUUUGAAUGGCUUAAUCACAGUUGGCGGCGAAUACAUCGACGCGCCUGCACUUAUCAGAAAACCCGAAGAGGAAGUCGACUCAGAAACAAUUUACUUCCAAGAAAAUUCAGUCAUAUUAAUAGUCAAAAAGUCAGCACAAGGAGUCGGCAAAACAGGAAACAGCCUCAAAUAA